AUGGAAAACGCCAACUUGAUUACUGAGGCUCCCACCUCAAGCUCGCCCACUUCGACGGCCGCCCCCACGAGCACGCGUGCUCCCUCCACGGCGCCCGAGGAGCCGAGCAACACGUCCGCGCCCGCGUCCAGCUCGUCCUCGGAGCCCUCCUCGGAGGCCAGCAGCGGCGCCGGCAGCGGCAGCGGCAACGGCCGAGACGACGCCCCUCAUGACGACAACAACCACCCCGAAGACGACGAACCCGAAGCAGGCCGCACCCGUCUCGAGACCGCCCUCGUAGUCGGCUCCCUCUGCGCCGCCCUCUUCCUCGCCGCCCUGGACGUCACCAUCAUCGCCACCGCCGUGCCCACCAUCUCGGAAGAGUUCCAGUCCAACCUGGGCUACAUAUGGAUUGGCAGCAGCUACCUGCUGAGCAACGCCGCCUUCGUGCCCACCUGGGGCAAGAUCUCCGACAUCUUCGGCCGGAAACCCAUCCUGCUGUGCGCCGUCGCCGUCUUCUGGGUCGGCUCGCUCCUCUGCGGAGUCGCCGUCGACAUGCCCAUGCUCAUCGCCGCCCGCGCCGUCCAGGGUCUCGGCGGCGGCGGCAUUAUUGUUCUCGUCAACAUCUGCAUCAGCGACCUCUUCUCCAUCCGCCAGCGCGGCGUCUAUUUCGGCCUCGUCGGCAUGGUCUGGGCCGUCGCCUCCGCCAUCGGCCCCGUCCUCGGCGGCGUCUUCACCAGCCAGGCCACCUGGCGCUGGUGCUUCUACGUCAACCUCCCCAUCUCCGGCCUCGGCCUCGUCGUCCUCUCCUUCGUCCUUAAGCUGCACAACCCGCGCACCCCGAUCGCCGACGGCCUCAGGGCCAUCGACUGGUCCGGCAGCCUCACCAUCAUCGGCGGCACCAUCAUGUUCCUCCUCGGCCUCGAGCUCGGCGGCGUCUCCUACCCCUGGCACUCCGCCACCGUCGUCUGUCUCAUCGUCUUCGGCUUGGUCACCAUCGCCCUCUUCGUCGCCAACGAGCACUUCCUCGCCGCCUACCCCGUCGUGCCCCUCCGCCUCUUCGCGACCCGCUCCAACCUCGCCGCCCUGACCACCACCUUCUGCCAGGCCUUCGUCUUCAUCUCGGGGAGCUACUGGCUGCCGCUCUACUUCCAGGCCGUCCUCGCCGCCUCCUCCCUGCUGUCGGGCGUCUACAUCCUCCCCUACGUCAUCUCGCUCUCCCUCGUCUCCGCCGCCUCGGGCUUCGUCAUCCGCAAGACGGGCAACUACUUCUACCUCAUCGUCGCCGGCAUGGCCAUCACCACCCUCGGCUUCGGCCUCUUCGUCGACCUCCCCGCCUCCGACGACUUUGUCAAGAUCGUCCUCUACCAGGUCGUCGCCGGCAUCGGCAUCGGCCCCAACUUCCAGUCCCCGCUCAUCGCCCUCCAGACCAACGUCGAGCCGCGCGAUAUCGCCUCCGCCACCGCCACCUUCGGCUUCGUCCGCCAGAUGGCCACUUCCAUCUCCGUCGUGAUUGGUGGCGUCGUCUUCAACAACCGCAUGGACGCCCAGCGCCCGUACCUCGUUGCCGAGCUGGGGCCUGAGCUCGCCGAGAGGUUCUCGGGCGGGUCGGCGGCUUCGAGUGUCGGCUGGGUCGCUGGCCUGACGGGUCGUGAGGCCCGUGUCGCGCGGGGCGCCUACUUGGACAGCCUUCGGACGAUGUAUAUCGUUUAUGUCGCGUUUGCCGGGCUUGGCCUGGUGACGGGGCUGUUUGUUCGGCAGACGAGGUUGAGUAAGAGUCACAAGGAGCACCAGACCGGUCUCAAGUCUCUACGAGGCCGAGCUGAGAAAGACGGGGGUGGCGGGUAA